AUGUCAAAUGAAAAAGGAGAAACCAUCGGUAUCCAUGGUGAUGAACUGAUCAACAAGGCAGGCUAUCAGGAGCUCGGUGUGAUGGAGAACAGAGCAGCUCUAGGCGGUGCAGGCACGCAAGGCAACCUAUUAUGCGAGCAGAGAGAGGCGCUGGGAGUUGAUUCAGGCAGUCUAGGCGAGCAGGGGGCCUUGGGUGCCCCUUUGGGUGUUGACUUGGGGAGAUUGGGCGAGCAGUUUGGUCGCUUUAGGGGUGGCAACGAUGGACGAGUAGCCUAUGUGAAUGACGAGGCUGCCUAUGGGCGAGCAGCCAACGUGAUUAGCGAGCUGGAUAGGACAACAACCAUUGUCUGUGCGAGGGAGAUAGCACCGGGUGAGGCUGUCUUGGCAAUGGGAGUUAGUGGGUGUGCCAAAGGGGGUUUGGGUGAGGCGUCCCUGCAGUUGGGCGAGCCUUCCUUGGCGUUGGGUGUCUUACUUAGUUUGGGCGAGCUCCCCUUGGCGCGGGGCGAGACGUCCUUGUAG